AUGGACAACAUUUGUAACGCGGACGAAACGGGAAUUUUCUAUAAGAUGCUGCCUGACAAAACACAAAAGAUCAAAGGUGAAACAUACAGAGGUGGAAAAAUGUCUAAAGAAAGAAUAACUUCCAUAAUUUGUGAUAAUGCAUCGGGCACGGUAAAACGGAAAUUAUUGGUUAUUGGAAAAUAUAACAACCCCAGAUGCUUUAAAAACGUUAAAACGUUGGCGGUAGAUUAUUGUGCUAACAACAAAUCCUGGAUGACUUCUCAAACCUUUACUGACUAUUUAGAAAAAUGGGAUUGUGAACUUAUAAAAGCCAAGACUAAAAUUUUGCUAUUAGUAGAUAAUUGCCCUGUUCUUCAGCCUAUGGAUCAAGACGUCAUUAAUAGCCUGAAACAAUCUUAUAGAAAGCAGCUUCUGAUGAAAAUUAUGGACCUUCCUGAAGAAGCAAACGCGACGAAAGCU